AUGUCGGCGAUUGCGAACGAUAGCGACAAGCAGGCCUCGUCCUCCGGCGAGCUGCAAUAUAUACAGUAUGAAGGCGACAAGGAGGAGACAUAUCUCCCCGCAAUUAGACAGCUGAUAUCGAAGGAUCUCUCUGAACCUUACAGCAUAUACGUCUAUAGAUACUUCCUUUACCAAUGGGGAGAUCUAUGCUUUAUGGCCCUUGACCCCUUGACGAAUGCGCUCAUUGGCGUUGUCGUAUGUAAACUCGAGACCCAUCGCUCGGGAACCUUCCGGGGCUAUAUUGCAAUGCUUGCGGUCCAAGAAUCUCAUCGAGGCAAAGGGAUAGCCACAAAACUUGUAUGCAUGGCGAUUGAUGCUAUGGCCGCGCGACAAGCAGACGAAAUCGUGCUCGAAACGGAGGUCACAAACACCGCAUCCAUGAAGUUAUACGAACGUUUAGGAUUUCUACGGAGUAAGAGAUUGCAUCGGUACUACCUGAAUGGAAACACGGCCUUCAGGUUGGUGCUCUAUCUGAAAGCAGGCACGGCAUUGAAGAGGCCGGAUAUGGGCGACGGUGCCAUGGGUUACGGUCGGUACGAAGGCGGAGAUAAUGCUAUGUUUGGUGCCGAGGCUAUUGCAUAG